AUGCGUGCUCUCCAGUUCGAUGCGUGCAAUGCACGCAUGCACGCACGCAUUGCACGCACGCAUUGCCGCAGCGCGAUCGAUCGUCGAACUGCGGCGCGCGAACACGUUCAUUGCAAUUGCCGUUGUUGCGUACGGGAGCGUCGCAACAGCACUUGCAUGGAACCUAACGCGCGUAUCCUACCACUUGACGAGUCGCAAGACCCACUGGUCUGCUAUCUUCCGGCUACCUUGGUGGUCAAGUUAAACCAGGUUGGGCUUCGGCUGCUUCACUGGCCUGGGCGUGGGGGCUUACACGAGACGUGUUAUGUUGUGGAGUCCGUGGCUGCGCUGGAGCGACUCUGCACCGCGCUGACGGCCGAAAUUGAAGCACCCGGUGAGUCCGACCCGCAAACCUCAACAGCUCAAGAGGAAACUGCUUGUCGAGCUUCCAGACUGGUUGAUGCUAUCGAAAAGGCAUGGAAAACGGACGACGCAGCACUAACGCGCUCGCUGACACCCAUUGCCGAGCUGCAGUUUCCGGCGUCUGAUGAUCGCGCAUCAACGGUCGUAUCCCUUGACGCGAAGCGGUGCGAGCUCGAGCUCAGGUCAACUGGCGUCAGUUUCAGCUGUCUGCUGUUGCGGAUUCGAGGACUUCGUCUCGGAGCAGCUCGCGCACUGCUGCAGGAAGCGCUGGAGCGAGACCUGGGCUCCUCGUCCGUGGAUCCGAGCGAAGCCGCCAAGUCGACGCUAGCGCUGAGCUGUGCGUCUGCGUUGCGAUGGUUGAACUCUGACCUGUCGCUGUCGCAUAUCCUACCCAUGCAGCUCGGCAGCGAAAGAGUCAUUGCGCACCAGAGCGCUGCGGAAGAAUCUGGCGGCUUGGGCGCAUUGAUCGAAAGUAUUCUGGGCGCGCUUGGCAUCGUGUCGCCCGAUUUACAAAUGACGCUCCUCGAGAUACUGCCAGAGCUGGUGCAGCAAUCGUUUGACGCAGAGCGCCACGAGCUCGCUUUGGCCAACUCGCUUCCAGGUCUCUUGCAGGGAGCUGCUCGAGGAGAAAAAUGCAACGUGCGCCUCAUGAAUACGGUUGUAGAUACAGCAAACGCUCUGCAAACGGCGACAGCCAGACGUGCUGUGCGCAAAUCGUUGCUCAGCGAGAUCCUGAGCAUCGUCCCUGGUUUGUACAGCCCAGAGAGCCUGGCAAUGGGGUUGCAGUUUCUGGUAGGAGCGCUCGAGUCCCUGGGCGCUACCUCCGAUGCGGAAAGCGCUCUGCUGACUGGGAACGAGGUCGAUUGUCUUGAGACAUCCGCUGAAAAUGCGAUUAUGGCGGCGCUUCGCGAAAAUCUUCUAGCAGAGCGGCAGCAGCUGCAUCAACAGCAGACAGCGACAUCGCAUGAUGCGGUCAUUGUUACCAGUGCGGUUGCGUGCGCGCUUCAGCACAGCCAACAGGCCGUCAAGCGUAUGCUUGCCUGGUAUUCUCAGAGCGCCUACGGCCUUGUCUGUCGAGCGCUUCAAGAGUGGACCGACGGGGCCAGUGCCGACGCUACCCCUCAACCGGCAGAUCUUUUCCUGCUACUGGCUUUGUAUCGGGCGAAUCCAGAGAGUUUCGAAAUGAAAGCACAUCGGGCGAGGCCAGCGACGGGUACGCAUCGCAUGCCGUGUCCUCUCGAAGCCGCGACGGCAUACAUCCUAUGCGGUGAUCAAGGUCGAAGAGCGAUACUUCGCUGGGGAAGCAUUCUGCAUACGCACGAUGGAUCCGCACUGCUUCAGCUAUUGAAUCUUAUCUGCCGGUCCGGACCGAAAAUGACCGCGCACGCACCCCUUGUUGGUCAUGUUGAGACGCUCGCUCAGCUCAUAGCCGCGUUCUUCAAGGCCGUGCCCGCGCUCCGCCAAGACUGUCUGUUGAGUUUCCUGGAACUUGCACACAGCGAAUCAGAGUACUGCCGCCUUCUCAGUCUGCAUGCGUUCGUGUGUAUCGCGCGGGAGACGCCGGCAGAACUGGCUCCAUUCGCUCCGCUUGUGCAUGGACUCGCAGAGCUAUGUGAGAGCCUGGCACCGUCCACGUGGCAACAUGAUUUCGGGCGCGCUCCUUCGCCAUGCGCCAACAUUCAAGGCGCACUCAAGACGCCCGGCGCGCUCCCUCUGACCCUGAUGUAUAGCACCUUUGCGCUCAUGCAUCGCACCGUGAAUACGCAUGCGUGCGCUUCCAUAGAAGCGCCGGAGCGCCUCGAAACGUUCUUGCCUCUGAUGGUUCGGAAGCUGCUGACACACCCCGACGCACUCUAUCAACGUUGCGGAUGCCUGGCGACAGCGAUCCUCGUCGAGACCUGGAGCCAGCGUGAGGCAGACUACUCCAAAGCCCAGGAUUUGCUGGAACUCGCGCUUCAGUGCACGGCGAGACGCCCCGCGAUAGCCGCGCAGCUAUAUGCAGAACUCGCUGCAGCCUGGAUGCCAUCGCUGGGUACCGCUGCCAGCAGCAGUUCGUCAGAUUUGCACAGGGCACCCGCGCCCGCUCUGUGGCUUUUAACACACACAUUGCAACAGUUUGCCAGUCUAUUCAUCUGGAUGCCAUCGAGCGACGCAGAAGCGCAUGAAGCGUCGAUCCCAUCAGAGGCGCGAUUCGGCCUCGCCAUGGAGGGCUCCCUGGACCUCGUGAUUCCGGUCGCAAAUCUCGUGCAUUCGAAGAAGGACGGCUUUGCAAAUCUCGUGCUUCUGGUACCUCUACUACGCUUGAUAUGGUGCAUUGGUGUUGGCCAACACGGCUACACAAGCCAUUGGUUUCAGAAGGAGUUGUGCCCGCUGCUGGGCGCAGCAGUUCAACUCCCGGUGGCGCCAUUCUCGAAGCCGACCGCUUCGAUUCCAUGUGCGCAGCUCCGAGACCAAAUGCAAAGUCUCGCGAUCGCUUCGAACUGGUUGGGGGCGCAAGUGCAUUUCUUCGCUGUGCUCGCAAAGCAGGAUAUGCACGGCGCUCGAUCGCAUUUAGUAGAGAGGAUCAGGCAUUUGAUUGCAGUGGAAACAGCUGCAGAGCACUUGGCGAUGGAGGCUGCGGCAAACGCUCUCCCGAUCGUCCUGGAGAUGCCGCAGGAGCCCUGCCUACCAGGCUCCCUGCUGUCGUGGCUGCUCGCCGAGACCGCUGCUGAUGCCGCCGAUCCAGAGAUCCUACUGUGGACGCUCCGACACGUCCGCCGAUGCGAUGCUGCGGUCAUUGACGCCAACCUCAAAGUCCUGAUACGUAUCGCAAAGGCGCCCCCAGCGUGCAAGGCUCGCGACACUCUUCACCAGGUGCUGCGGGUGCUCGAAUCGGCGUCCGGCCUUGAUGCCGAGCUCUUCUGUGACGCGUUCCUGACGCAGACAUCACCCCUGGACUGGAGUGAUGACGAGACCUCACUGCUUUUACUGGCAAUCAUGAUGAGGCUAGAAGGAGUGUCGUUCGAUAGAGCCGUAAUAUUGCAGCAAUGGCUCGAGUCAAACUUGUACAGUCAGGCUUUCGAAGACCUACGCUUCACAGAAGCCGUUCUCAAAGCCGCAUUGCAUCUCAUUGAAGCAGCUGUUGAUACGGCUGCAACGGAACCGACGUUCGAAUGGGCGCUCGCCACCUUGGAGCGCUACAUGCCGGCUCGUCACAUUUGCCAGAACCAGGGGCCGCGUUGCAUCUCGUGCUUUUUGGACGCUCGACCUGCUCGAUUCGUACUGGUUGCCCAGGCACUGGAGCGAUGCUUUCGAAUCUGGUGUCAACAACAACAACAACAACAACAAGCACCUGGUCGGCGCGCUGCCCGCUCGAAUGCAGCGGUAUGCGUGACGGCGCCGCUGGACUCGGCCCAUUUCAAGCUCUUUCGCCGAUUUGCGCAGUUGCUCAAGACGCUGCUUGACAAGGCUGUUCGUGGAAGGGACCAUCGCGCGCUCGGAGCGAGCAUGCGCCUGGGUCGAAUCUUUGCCGACAGCCUGAAUCGUUCCCUCGUGCCGUUGUGGAUCGUGCACUUUCAGGUCUGUGCGGCAGAUAUAGCGAGCGCCUGUGCAGCCUUCCAAAAGAGCACGAGAAUUCUCCAACGUGUGUGCGUCUUUGCGAAAGAGCAACGAGAUCGGAGUUUGAUCGCGCUGACGCCGCCCUUGAAAAGAGCCCUAGAGCUUUUCCUCUACCGGGUGAAGGAGAUGCUAAGCGCAAACGCCUCUCUUUCAUCGUUUUGGAUGGGGACACUACGCCACAAGAACCUGGAUGGCGAGGUAGUGAGUAGCCAGCUCCGCAUCGACAGCGAUCCGAGUCAGAGCGAUGAUGACGCUGAGGAAACCCUGUCAGCGGCUUGA